GUUCCGGCCGGGCUAUUUCCGUUAGUCUGUGGCUGAGAGAACGUGAUAACUAGUCUCUUGGGGCUUCUGCCGCUGUGGCUGCAGGGGGAGUUACCAUGGCGUUGGCCGUACCCCCGGCCCCGGCCCCGACAGUGGAGCUGGGGUUCGCCGUCGAAGCGCCGGGCUGGCGCCUGCGCAGCGAACAGUUCCCCAGCAAGGUGGGCGGGCGGCCGGCGUGGCUGUCGGAGCGCGACCUUCCGGGCCCGGCCGAGCUCGCCUGCCCGCUGUGCAGCCGGCCGCUGGUCUUCCUGCUGCAGCUGUACGCGCCGCUUCCGGACCGUGCCGACGCCUUCCACCGCAGCCUCUUCGUCUUCUGCUGCCGGGAGCCCCCGUGCUGCGCCGCGCUCCGAGUUUUCAGGAAUCAACUACCUAGGAAAAAUGACCAUUACUCCUAUGAACCACCAUCUGAAGAGCCACCGGAUGAAAAGGACGAUUCUCCAAGUGUACAGCUUCGAUCUGGUGUUCAUCUCUGUAGGGUUUGUGGCUGUUUGGGUUCUAAAGUUUGUUCCAAGUGUCAUAAGGCUCAUUAUUGUAGUAAGGAUCAUCAGACUCUUGAUUGGAAAUUGGCACAUAAGCAGUCUUGUACAACAUCAGAUAUUCUUUUAGAUAAUGUGAAUAAUGCAGUUCCAGACCACAAGUUCCUUUUUCCUGAAUAUGAAAUUGUAAUAGAAACAGAAGAGCUGGAGCCUGAUGAUGUUUCUGAUUGCAUUCCUCAAGAUCUGGAAAAGUGUGAAGACUCAGAGCUCAUUGGCACUAUGGAUGAAGAACUUGAGGCAGAAUUGGAUUCCAUAGCAAAGCAUGAAUCUAGAGAAGAUGAAAUCUUCCAGAAAUUUAAAACUCAAAUAGCCCUUGAGCCAGACCAGAUUCUUAGAUAUGGCAGAGGAAUUGACCCUAUCUGGAUUUCUGGUGAAAAUAUUCCUCAAGAACAAGAUAUUCCAAAUUGUCCAUGUGGUGCCAGGAGGAUAUUUGAAUUCCAGGUUAUGCCACAGCUUUUGAAUUACCUGAAGGCUGACAGACUGGGCAGAAGUAUUGACUGGGGGACUCUGGCUGUAUUUACCUGUGUGGAGAACUGCAACUUGGGCACCAAGUACACAGAGGAGUUCAUUUGGAAACAAGAUUUUACAGAUACAACUUAAGAAUCAUCAAAGACAAACUGUAGUCUGGUUAUUUUGUACUCUCCAAAGACAAACUGUAGUCUGGUUAUUUUGUACUCUCCACUUUUUAGAAUAUAUAAGCAUUCUUCAUGCCUUGUACAUAUUGAUAAGGACAAAAGCUAAUGUUAAUAGUAAUCUAGAUAAAACUCAUCACAAUAACCCCAGUGUCUAAUGAUAGGCUGACUGUGAUGGGGAGUUAGGCUAAUAAAAGCACAUACUGUGUGUCUGCUAAA